AUGGCUAACUCUCUGACUUUGAUCAUCUUGGGCUUGGUCGCGGCGUUGGCUGCAGCGAGCAAGGCAGAGGGUGCAAGAGCUUUCUUUGUGUUUGGCGAUUCGCUGGUGGACAACGGCAAUAACAAUUACUUGGCAACCACAGCCCGUGCCGACGCUCCUCCUUAUGGCAUUGACUACCCAACUCGCAGACCCACUGGCCGCUUUUCUAAUGGCUACAAUAUUCCUGACUUCAUCAGUCAAGAACUUGGGUCAGAAGCCACCCUGCCAUAUUUAAGCCCCGAGCUCACAGGACGGAGAUUGCUCGUUGGUGCCAACUUUGCUUCUGCUGGCGUUGGAAUUCUCAACGACACAGGAAUCCAAUUUGUAAACAUCAUCAGAAUAUCCAGACAGCUAGAGUACUUCGAAGAAUACCAGCAAAGGGUGAGAGUUCUGAUUGGAGCGACCAAGACAAAGCGAUUAGUGAAUAGAGCACUUGUGCUGAUCACUCUUGGAGGCAAUGACUUUGUGAAUAACUAUUACUUGGUGCCUUUCUCAGUCAGAUCUCGCCAGUUCCCUUUGCCCGAUUACGUCAAAUAUUUGAUCUCCGAGUACAAGAAGAUCCUACGGAGACUGUACGAUAUCGGAGCCCGAAGAGUGUUGGUGACGGGAACUGGUCCACUGGGGUGUGUGCCGGCUGAGUUGGCGCAACAUAGUGGAAAUGGGGAAUGCGCUGCUGAGUUGCAGCGAGCUGCAUCCUUAUUCAACCCACAACUCGUUCAGAUGUUGGGUCAACUCAACGGCGAACUCGGCUCUCAGGUAUUCAUCGGAGUCAACACUCGGCAGAUGCACCUUGACUUCAUCAAUAAUCCUCAAGCAUUCGGAUUUGAGACAUCAAAGGUGGCAUGUUGUGGUCAAGGACCGUACAAUGGGAUAGGACUUUGCACCAUAGCAUCUAGCUUGUGCCCAGACCGUGAUGCGUACGCGUUUUGGGAUCCGUUUCAUCCUUCGGAAAGGGCCAAUAAGUUGAUUGUGCAGCAGAUCAUGUCAGGCACCAGCGAGUAUAUGAACCCCAUGAAUCUCAGCACCAUCUUAGCCUUGGAUUCCACCAUCUAA